AUGGGACUUUUUUGUUUAUGAGGGAAAGUGCCAGGGAAACAGUGGUAAGGGACUCAGUUAUGAGGCAGUGAUGGAGCUAAUUGAUGUACAGUUGCUGGGCACCGGCUAUAAGGUCUUUGUAGAUAAUUUUUAUACAAGUCCAAUCCUGUUUCGUGACCUCCUUCUGAAGAGGAUCUGGGCAUGCGGAACCAUCCGCACAAACAGAAUCGGAUUCCCAAGGUCAAAGGUCAACAUUCUGGUCUCAAAAUCUCCUCGUGGCAGCAUACGUUGGAUCAGGAAUGACUCCCUGCUCUUUGUUCAGUGGCGAGACACAAGGGAUGUUUUUCUGUGCUCAACCCUCCACACAGCCCACGCAGAGGACACAGUGCAGAGGAGGGUCAAAGCUGCAGAUGGGCAGUGGCAGUUGAAGGACGUCUCAGUUCCACCAGUGGUGCAGGACUACAACCGGUGCAUGGGUGGAGUGGACCACUCAGAUGCCCUCAUAGGGUAUUACAAAGUCCUGCACAAGACCCAACGGUGGUACAAGACUCUGUUUUACCACUUCAUGGACAUCGCAAUUGUGAACGCCUUCCUCCUCCAGAAGGACCUUGCAAUUGGCAAAGGAGAGGUACCUCUGCAUCAGAAGGCGUUCAGAGAGACGCUCGCAGUGGAGCUGGCAGAGGCGGGGUCUUCCUCCACAGCCACACCCGGACCACCUCCUGCUCCACGUGGAGCACAUCACAGGCCAGUGCAUAUCAGUGGGCACAGCACUGCUGGUCGGCUGAAGUGCAGGCAGUGUCAUGCAAAGACACCAGUGAAGUGCUCCUCCUGCGAUAUUCCUUUGUGCUUUGUCGCUGGCCGUGACUGUUAUAAUGACUGGCAUGUUGCCAAUGACCUGUAAUUGUAAAUACUAGUACAGUGCCUGUUGAAAUUGUGCCUGCACCACAUAUCGGCGUUCAUCAACCACCAGACCCGGUGUGUGUAGAGGGAGAGACGGUGUUGUCUCAUGUCAUCUGAUCGUUAAGAAAUUUAACACAUCAGCAGAGGUGCUCAUUUUCCAUACAGGUUUAUGUUUAUGGGACAUAUGUAUAUAUUUAGUGGCUUGACGGUUAACGGUGAAGUAUGGAUUUGAUUCGCUGGGUUCCUGCAAUUUAUAGAUAUGUGUAUGUAAAAAGUUAUAUAGUAGUACCUGCAAUACUUUUCCAGCAUAGCACUUGUUUUACUUUGUUGACCAUUUUUACCAACGGUUCCUUCAAAUGUCCUUUGUGUUUUGUCGCUUGCGAUUGUUACAAUGUCUGGCAUGUUGCCAAUAACCUGUAAAUAUAUGUUGAUUUAGAUGUGUAAAUAGUUAUAUAGUAAUGCUUUUUUUUGCACUACUUUUUCACCAUAGCACUUAUUUGACAUCUUUUUACCCUUUUUUACCAAAGGGUCCUUCUUUGUGCUUUGUUGCAUGUAGCACAUAACCUGUACAUACAUAAUUGUAAAUAUGUGUAUUUAGAUAUGUUAAUAGCUGUAAAUAUUGUGUUACCUUUUAUACACUACUUUUCCACCUUA